CAAGAUCAAGACUUUUCUUCUCGCCAAAGUAAUCUCAAUCUUCGUUUUCUCUCUUUUGAGAAAAAGACCCAAAGAAAGAGAAAAUCACAGAAAAAUCCCAAGAAAAACAGCAAGAAGGAGAAAACCCCAAGAAAGGGAAGGAUAUAAGUGUUUCAUCUUCAUCAUAGGAGUUUCUUCUUUCAUGUCGCAGAUUGAAAGGAAGAGAAAAUCGCGGAGCAGCAGACGCAAUGGAUGCAAUUCUAUAGCGGAAACACUCGCAAAGUGGAAAAAGCUUAACAGCCAGCUUGACUCCGACGAUGGCAAGAGUGGCCGGCGGGUGCCUGCCAAGGGCUCCAAGAAGGGCUGCAUGAGAGGGAAGGGAGGCCCUGAGAACUACCAUUGCAACUACAGGGGUGUUCGACAACGGACGUGGGGCAAGUGGGUUGCUGAGAUUCGGGAACCAAACCGAGGCAGCCGGCUCUGGCUUGGCACAUUUGCAACAGCUAGAGAGGCUGCCCUUGCAUACGAUGAGGCUGCCAGAGCAAUGUACGGCUCUUGUGCCCGACUCAACCUACCGCAAUAUAGCAAUUCGAAGGAGUCGCCAACAUCUUCAUCAGAGUCGACCACAACAUCUCAUCAUUCUGAUGGUAGCAAGGAACCAGAAGCUGGUGUUCCAGUGAAUGAAUGUGUGGCCGAUGUGGAGAGAGAGAGAAAAUCUGGGGCCAUGCUGGAAAGUGACAGAAGAUUGGUGCCCAUGUUGGAAAGCGACAGAAAGAUGGCUGCUGAAGCCCCGUUAGCUGUGGUCAAGUCAGAGUUGGCCCCGGAGGAGCCUUUGGAUGAAGUGCAGCUGCAAGAUUUUCAAGAGGAAUUAUUCAAUGCGGACGAGCUCAUGCGCUUUCUAGAGAGUGAUCCAGACAGUAAAAAGGACAUCCAUCUGGACAACAGCUGUGUCCCAUGGUGGGAUCCCAACUGUGAUGCUGCUGGUCCAGUUUGCUUGGGGCUUGCAGAGGAACAGCUACUGCAAUGUAGGCAUCCAUCUGAUGAGACUGCAUACCAGUUGCAGUACCCGAAUGCGAAUCUCUUGGGGAGCUUGCCACACAUGGAGCAGACUCCCAUGGGCCCCGAUCACAUAUACCUUGAUUUCUGCGGGCCGAUGAAGACUCAAGGGGAUCUUGCAGAUUAUGGGCUGCUGUCAGAUCAGGAAAUGCUCGGCUUUGGACCUUUUGAACUGGACUUUGGAGGACCCAACAGCGAGGAAGGAAUGAAACAUGGUAGUGAGUUUUGAGUUGCACUUGCCUCUUAUACUCGAGGAGCAUCAGUAGAGGUUCUGAAGUUUGAGUGAGAUAUGCUUCUUUAUCUUGAGGUGCGUCGAUAGAGGUUGUGCAUACUUCUUUACUCGAGGAGCAUCAAUAGAGGUUCUGAAUUUUGAGUGGGAUAUGAUUAUUUAUCUUGAGAUGCAUCAAUAGAGGUUGUGAAUUUUCAGUGGGAUAUGCUAGUUUAUCUCGAGCAUCAAUAGAGAAGUGGGGACUGAUCGAAUGGUUUGAGCUAACAAUAGUUUUGAGCUGAUUCUCUAGGUUUUUUUUAGACGGAGAAAUUGGCUUUUGGAGAUGUAUUUGUUUCUUUCUUCCCCACCACACCAAUCUGGGAAGAGACUGACCCAUAAACAUAUCUUUCGUUGCUUCUAUUCUUCCUUUUUUGAAGGUGGCUGUGUAAGGAAGUGUUUGGACUGGAUUCUUUGAUGUGAAUAUGUGAUGGAAAUAAUGAUAGGCUAUAGAAAUAUAGAUAUGAUGGAGAGAUGGAUUGUAGAAUUUCAUACAAGCUUAGAGAUGGGUUGUAGAUUUUGAUACAAAUAGAAAAUUCCAUUAUGACAAUUCUAUCAUGUUUCGAGUUUUAUGACAGUUCCAUAUCUGAAUUCCAUUUA